UUUUAAUAUAUCUACCUCGUGAGUAUCUUCUGCGAAUUUUGGUGAAUUUGUGUGAAAUUUUAGCCAUGUAUUGAAAUAAUCGCUUUCAUGAUUUGAAAAGGUUUUAAAUCUACAUUUCAGUCCAUCUGUCCGUUAUCCUUCCUGAGAAUUUUGACCAUGUAGUGGAAUCGUCGCUUUGAAGAUUUGAGAAGUAAUAAACCCUAUCUAAUGCCAUGGCUUCUGAUGAUCUGCAAGAAAAAGCAAAUUUUGCAAGACUCAGUAGACUUUUAGUUGACAAAGGAACUGAGGCUUUGAGAAAUACAUUUGAUACCAUCCAUCCACCUGUUAGUCUACCUGGAGUACUGGCUACAAACAAAACAUCUCUUCAAAAGUUAAAACCUCGAGUUAUUAAUAAUUCCCAGUGGGAUUUACUGUUUCCUCCGUCUGGCAACCCACCAGAUUCAAAAACCUUUGAUGUCACAUUACUUACAGUUCUAUUCCGGAACAUUUGUGGUUUUCCAUCAACAGGAUGGAGUGUAAUGCCUCCGGAUACUGAUAGAUCAACACAGGCGAAUAUCACAAGAAUCAAGUGUUACAGAAAUGAAGUUAUUGCACAAGUAAAAACAACCAGAGUUGACAAUUCAACAUUUCAAUCUUUGUGGAAAAAAAUUGCCCAGGCAUUGUUAGAAUUGGGCAUUCCACCGAGUGAUGUCGACGAUUUAGAAAAAUGUCCGUUAGAACCUGAAGAAUUAGAAUGUUCCAGUGAUUCACUAAGAGAAUAUGAUGAAAAAAAUGUAACCUCGCCCAAUCUCAUGGCUUCUGACGAACUGCAAGAGAGGGCAAAUUUUACAAGACUCAGUAGACUUUUGGUUGACAAAGGAACUGAGGCUUUGAGAAAUAAAUUUGAUACCAUCCAUCCACCUGUUAGUCUACCUGGAGUACUGGAUGCAAACAAAAGAUCUCUUCAAAAGUUAAAACCUCGAAUUAUUAAUAAUUCCCAGUGGGAUUUACUGUUUCCCUCGUCUGGCAACCCAGAUUCCAAAACUUUUGAUAUAACAUUACUUACAGUUCUAUUCCGGAACAUUUGUGGUUUUCCAUCAUCAGGAUGGGGUGUAAUGCCUCCGGAUACUGAUAGAUCAACGCAGGCGAAUAUCACAAGAAUCAAGUGUUACAGAAAUGAAGUUAUUGCACAAGUAACAACAACCAGAGUUGACAAUUCAACAUUUCAAUCUUUGUGGAAAAAAAUUGCCCAGGCAUUGGUAGAAUUGGGCAUUUCACAGAGUGAUGUCGACGAUUUAGAAAAAUGUCCGUUAUGA